GGCGCCGGGCCCCGGGGCGCGCGGAGUGACGCGAAUGCCGCCAAGCGCGCGGCUGGACCAGUUCCGGGAGCCGCCGGAGAGGGCCCCGGACGCACAGCCGCUAGGCUCGAGGCGGGCUGACCGGCUGGUGCCCAGCGGAGGAUUAGAGCUGUUUCUUGAGAACUCUGCUGCUAAAUGUAGUCAAAGAAGUGACUUGAUUCCAGCAACCCAGUGCUCCGUUCUCGCCGGUGCCACACCCUGCGCUUGGCACAGUGGGGGUCUCUGAAGGGCUAAAGUAACAUGGAUCUGCCCGUGGAGGAGUGGAAAUCAUACAUCCUUGAGAAGUGGGCUUUGCUUCCGAAGUCCGUUCAGGUCACAAUUUCUAAAGCAGAGACUCUGAGCGAUAUCUUUCUUCACUCCUCUUCACUUCUUCAACCUGAGGAUGAGAUGUUCUUAAAAAGGCUUUCUAGAGGUUACCUUGUGGGAAAAGAUCCCAACGCUCCCCUUUUCUACAGAGAAGAAGGAAACAAAAAAUUUCAGGAGAAGGACUAUACAGGAGCCACGGUCCUGUACUCCAAGGGAGUAUCACAUUCAAGGCCUAACACUGAGGACACUUCACUGUGUUACGCCAAUCGCUCUGCAGCCCUCUUCCACCUGGGCCAGUACGAAACCUGUCUUGAAGACAUCGUCAGAGCACAGAUGCAUGGGUACCCAGAAAGACUGCAGCCCAAGAUGAUGUUACGUAAAGCAGAGUGUCUGGUGCUCCUGGGGAGGCUGCAGGAAGCAAGCCAGACCAUCAGUGAUCUUGAAAGUAGCUUUGCUGCCAAACCAACCCUAGCAGCUUCCCAGUUUCAGAUUCUGCAGAGAACCCUCUGUCGUCUGAAAAUGAAGAUCCAAAAAAAGGAGAAUCUCACAGAAACCGUCUCAGCAGCUCUAACCAAAGCCUUUGAGGAUAUGGACCUAAGGGAGGAGAACAAACAAAUUUCCAGUGCGUCAGCAUCUGUCAGCUUAUGCACGGACCCUUUUAAAGGCCGCUAUCUGAUUGCCACAAAAGAUAUCCUCCCAGGAGAGCUCUUGGUGAAGGAGGAUGCUUUCGUGAGCGUCCUUAACCCGGCAGAAGUGCUACCACUACAUCUUGGCCUAGAGAGCAAGUGGGACACCAGAGUUACCAAUGGGGACCUCUACUGUCACCGAUGUUUGAAGCGCUCUUUGGCUCCAGUUCCCUGUGAUGGAUGCAGCUAUGCCAAGUAUUGCAGCCAAGAGUGCAUGCAGCAGGCCUGGGAUCUCUACCACAACAUAGAGUGCUCUCUGGGGGCGCUGCUUCUCACACUGGGUGUCUUCUGCCACGUUGCCCUGAGAUCAACUCUUUUAGCUAGAUUUGAGGAUGCUGGCGAAGUCACAAGGAAGCUUUGUGGUGACAUUAGUAACAAGGACACCCGUUUACCUGAAAGCAAGAAUCUGGUGCAAACCCUCAGUUAUGACCUGGGAGGGGAGAGUGAGAAAAAUGGCAAAACAGUUGAGACCCCAAUUCCUGGGUGUGAUAUUAAUGGAAAGUAUGAAAAUAAUUAUUAUGCUGUCUGCAACCUUUUGCCCCAUACUGAAAACCAUAGCGCAGAGUACAAAUUCCUCUGUGCUCUGAGUAUUUCUGCACUGUGCAGGCAGCUCGAAGCAGCCAGUCCACAGGCCCUCAUGACAGGUCUGACAUCCUCUAAGCUGAAAGCAGCAAUGGCUCCUGUGUUGUGUCCAGAGUCGAGUAUUUGGGGUGUGGCCAUGCUGAGACACAUGUUACAACUGCAAUGUAAUGCGCAGGCGAUAACUGCCAUACAGCAAACAGGAUCUAAAGAGAACAUCAUUACCGACAGCAGGCAGGUACGCCUUGCCACAGGCAUCUUCCCUGUUGUCAGCCUCCUGAACCAUUCCUGCAGCCCCAACACCAGCAUGUCCUUCGUUAGCACUGUCGCCACCGUUCGGGCAUCACAGCACAUUGGAAAAGGGCAAGAGAUUCUCCACUGCUAUGGGCCUCACGAGAGCAGGAUGGGUGUUGCUGAGAGGCAGCAGAAGCUGAGGUCUCAGUAUUUCUUUGACUGCACCUGCCCAGCUUGUCAACAUGGGAAACACAGAACCACGGCAGAGCCCAGGUGGGAGGCAUUCUGCUGUUGCAGUUGCAGAGCGCUCAUACAGGGCGAUGAGGUGCUGAGCUGUGGCAACGCGUCAUGUACAGAAUCAGUCAGCAGGGAUCACCUAGUUUCUCGGUUACAAGACCUUCAACAGCAGGUUGGGAUAGCCCGGAAGCUUCUCAGAAAUGGUAAACUAGAGCGAGCCAUUCAGCAGUUGUUGGGGUGCCAGCAUGAUGCUGAGAGCUUCCUGUCAGCGGAGCACAGCGUGGUAGGAGAAAUUGAGGAUGACCUGGCCCAGGCCUAUGCUGCCUUAGGGGACUGGCAAAAGUCAGCUGCUCAUCUACAGAAGAGUCUCCGAGUGGUUGAGGUUCGCCAUGGGCCAUCCAGUGUUGAAAUGGGCCAUGAGCUCUUCAAAUUGGCCCAAAUAUUUUUCAAUGGGUUUGCAGUACCCGAAGCUCUGAACACAAUACGAAAGGCAGAAAAGGUUCUCUUGGUGCACUAUGGCCCUGGGAAUGACGAGAUCCAGGAGCUACAAAAGAUGAAAUCCUGUUUAUUGGACUUGCCGCCCAUCCCUGGGGGACCUUCAUUGUAGGAUCCCAAGGGGACUUUGACCCAUAGGAAAGGAGCCUGUGUGGGAUGAGUUAAAGAGGUACCGUUGGGGCCAGCCCCGUGGCCAAGUGGUUAAGUUCUCUGGCUCCGCUGUGGAGGCCCAGGGUUUUGCCGGUUCGAGUCCUGGGUGAGCUCAUCGGGCCACGCUGAGGCGGCAUCCCACAUGCCACAACUAGAAGGAACCACAACUAAAGAUACACAACUGUGUACCGGGGGGCUUUGGGAGAAAAAGGAAAAAUAAAAUCUUUAAAAAAAAAAAAAAAUUAAAAAAAGAGGUUCUGUUGCUGCUGAGCUGUCGCCAGGAAAUAUAGGACUUGCCUGACAGUCACAGGCCUAGGGUAUGAAUGGCGGGGGGACUGGAAAAGCAUUGCAGUUGGAGAGAUGCUCACCUGUUUUGAUGAAUCUUUCUUGAAAUAGUUAACUGCCCUCCCAUAAAAACUCCCAGUUCACAGACAAGACUUAAAAUGAGUAUCUGGAGAGCCUAAACCCUUUAAAAGGAUUUUAGCUGAUCUGCAGGCAUCUGGACGUUAGCUGGGGAUUUGGGCUAGAUGCCACCUUACUAAAUGAUGAUAAUCUGUUUCCCUGAACGUUCCUGUGGUUUCUAGUAGUAAUGAAAUGUGCACCACUCCAGUGGGAACUUACACUCUUAGUAGUUGUAUUGUAAUUGAAAAAUAAUUAUAAAGCAAGAAAUCAGUGAGGCUCGUUACCUCUGGAGACACAGUUUCCUUUAUAGUAUCUAGCUUCCUUGAAUCCUCUGUUAAAACUGAUGGAGUGUAAAUUGUAAAUACAGAAGUAAAUAUGGGACCAUUUUAUUGUUGGGCAGUUUCUUCCUAUGAAGGCAACUCUCAGUUUGUUUUCUACCAAUUUCCCAGUCUUUAUUACCUGGCUUUAAUCGGUACUCUUGGCAGACUCACUGACCAAACACUAAUAAAGUCAAGCUUGUAGCAGUGACUUUACAACACAUGGGCCUCCUCUCUCAGUUCUGUUUAUUAGCAAGCCUGAAAAGAGACUACUUUUUUCUACCAGACCUCCCCAAGCCGGCAAAUGAAGUACAGAUGACAUAAGUACUGAGAACGGGGAAAUACUUCAGACGAUGCUGACGGGGUGGGCAUUGCUGCUCUGGUUUCAAAUUUAAGAAACAGAAGGUAGAGAUGAUAACUCUCUUCCGCCUGGAUGUAUGGCGGUAGUCUAUAGCCCAACCUGGUCAGAAGUCUGGGAGAGUCUCUAGGUCUGAACCCUGGCUGCUGUAUCAGCAUUGGUGACCAAGUGGUUCAGAUGAGUUAGUGGAAAAGCAUGCCAGGGCCCUCCACCCCCGGGCCAGGCCCAAGACGUGCCAACUCACAUUGAAACACUUGAAUGAAGGACAGGCAGAAUCUCAUUUAUCCUCCUUUCUACUAACUCACAGUGGCAAGGUAGUGGCCAGUGAGAUUUUUUGGUAGAGCUAACUGUUUCAAGAAGAAAACCUUUGACCUGUGGACUGUUCUGUAGUUACUCUUUUCCAAACACUUGGCAUGUUUCAUGUUCCUAAAAAAGGCCCUGUUGUACUCUGUAAAAUAGGCAUACUUCCUUAAAAAGAAUAUGUUUGGAAUUUUUGCAUCAGGUCCAAUUUAAUGUGCGUUCAAGAGCUUUCUUUAAGUGCUCUGUAAAAUAUAGAAUUAUUUCCUGAAGUUACAAAUUACCUCCCUUAUCUGUCGGUGUGUUAUCCUAUGUUGUCAGGUGACAUUAGCUUGAUGGAGUGAUAUCCGUGCUUGCAUUAAAACCUGAAGUCUAGUUUAUUGUAA